CCCCCUCCGCUUCCCGAAAAGCACACACACUGAUCCACUCUCUCUCCUCAACGACUGUGGUCUCUCUCUCUCUCUCUCUCUCUCUCUCUUUCUCUCUUAUUCUUCCUUCAUCUUCAAGCUUCCCCAUCAAAUCCCCUUCCGCCUCCGCGCCUCCGAAUCCUCCGCCGGCGAAACCCUCCCCCGCCCGCCCCCUUCUCGACCCCGAUCGCUUCCCCGGCCGCGCUCCCCUCCGCCGAUUCCGCAUGGCCCGGGCCUCCGCGCUCGGUUCGUCGCCGCCGUCGCCGUCUCCGGAUUCUCUCGGUGCCGGUUCGCGCGCUCGCGCGGCGUCGUUUUGAUCUGCUCUCCUUUGGCGAUUUCUGCGGGUUUCUGAGCCGGAUUUCGGGGGGGCGGUGGAGACGAUAUGAAGCAGGAGUGGGAUUCGGAAGGAGGCGAGACGACGCGGUUCCGCGCCCGAUUCGGUCGGGAUUCGAGCGGCGGCGGCGGCGGCAAGAGGCUGAACGGUUCGUCUUCCCUGAUUGUGUAUGCUAGGAGGGUUAAGCCGCGCAAUGGCUUCGCUGUGUGUGCCGAGGCUAGCGGCGCGGCGAAUGGUGCGAUCGAGGAGCGGCAAUCGGAUGUAGCUUCGGAUUUUUCCGGGAGUGAAGCGGAGGUGGAGACCGAUCGGAGCUGCUUUCUGGACGAAGAGCUGGACGGCGGGCUGGUGGAAGUCGUUGUGCGGGAGGAUUUCAGUCGCGCUGUAAGGGGGCGACGGUCUCGUGAAGGAACGAAGAUGCUCGGAGAGAUCGAUGGAUUGGUAGACGUUGUGAUUCUAGAAGAUGGUGGCCUGCACGAGACGUCUCCGGUGCUUAAGAUCGAGGAGGGACGGACUGUAGCAAGUGCGUCGCGCGCCGUAGAGUGCGAAGGGACUUCGAAGGUGGAGGCGGAUGCAAAUGCCGAGACCACCGUUAGAGCCGCUCGAAAUAACCCGGAAUCGAAAAUGUCGAAGACGAUUGUGUGGAAACAGGAAUUGGCGACGGUCACUGAUCUCUUUGAUACUGGUUUGCUCGAUGGGGUAACUGUAGUUUACAUGGGGGGCGGCAACGCGGUGUCUGGGCUUCGAGGAGUAAUCACAGAAGGAGGGAUAUUGUGUUCAUGUGUUAGUUGCAAUGGAUGCAGAGUUAUUCCACCUUCCCAAUUUGAGAUACAUGCGUGCGGUGCUUACAAACGUGCUUCCCAGUACACUUGCUUUGAGAAUGGAAAGAGCCUGCUUGAUUUGUUGAGGGCUUGCAGGGAAGCUCCCCUUCACUCGCUAGAAAGUACAGUCCAAAGUAUUAUUCAUCAAUCGCCUGUGGAAAAAUCGUUCACUUGUAGAGGGUGCAAAGGUAAAUUCCCUGCAUUAUCUGUUGCCAGAGCAGGAUCUUUGUGUAAUUCAUGUGUGCAGUCAAAGAAAUGUCAAAGCACACCCAAUAACAAAAGUCAUUCAAGGGCUAGGUUAGCAAGAACAGUUGUAACCUCGGAGUCCUCUAUGAGUCCUUCAAUGAGUUUCUCUUUGCUUGGUGGCAGUGUGGGGAUAAGAAAGACACGGUCUGCGAACAAGCUUCGAAUGUCAAAGUCUGCUGAUAAUGGUUUAGCGGUUAUUUCUUAUCCAAAGGGGACUCUGUGGAAAACAUCCAGAAAGCUGGAAUCCUCUGAAUCUAGGUCACCUGGAGCAGAUCUAAUUUUGAAAGCAUCUCGAAGUGCAUGUGCUCUUAUUUCUCCACAAACGAAGAGUCAGCUGAAGAUGAAGUCACCAAAAUUUGUUUCAAAGGUCCAGUAUGUGAAGAGUUCUUCAGUGCCUAUCACUUUACAAAAGAAGAGUCAGUGGAAGAUAACUAUAAAAGAUCAGAGGUUGCACAAAUUGGUUUUUGAGGAAGAUGGGUUGCCUGAUGGAACUGAGGUGGCUUAUUAUUCACGAGGACAGAAAUUACUCGAGGGUUACAAAAAGGGUUUUGGGAUAUUUUGCAGAUGCUGCAACUGUGAGGUUAGCCCCUCACAGUUUGAAGUUCAUGCUGGCUGGGCUUCUCGCAAGAAGCCCUAUUCAAAUAUUUACACAUCCAAUGGGGUUUCCCUCCAUGAAUUGGCAAUCUCUCUAUCAAAAGGGCGAAAAUAUUCUGCCAAGGAUAAUGACAACCUGUGCAUUAUUUGUGCAGAUGGGGGGAACCUUGUGCUCUGUGAUGGUUGCCCAAGAGCUUUCCAUAAAGAAUGUGCUUCUCUGACAAAUGUUCCACGUGGUAAAUGGUACUGCAAUUUUUGUGAGAAUAUUUCAAAAGAGAAGUUCGUGAAUGAAAAUGCUGUUGCUGCUGGAAGAGUUUCGGGAGUUGAUCCUAUUGAGCAAAUAACACAGAGAUGCAUUCGUAUUGUCAAGAACAUAGGUUCUGAGGUCACUGGAUGUGCACUAUGCAGAGGUUAUGAUUUUAGCAAAUCUGGAUUUGGUCCUCGCACCAUCAUUCUCUGUGACCAGUGUGAGAAGGAAUAUCAUGUGGGCUGCUUGAGGGAUCAUAGAAUGGCCAUUCUUAAGGAAUUACCAAAGGGGAAGUGGUUUUGUUGUACAGACUGCAGUAGGAUACACUCCACGUUGCAGGGCUUGCUUGUUCGUGGUGAAGAGAAGCUCCAAGACUCUCUUUUAAAUAUUCUAAAGAAGAAGCAUGAGGAGAAAGGUCUUACAACAGUCAACAAUUAUGAUACAAGCUGGAGGCUGCUGAGUGGCAGUUAUGCUUGUUCUGAGUCUAGGAGAUUGCUUUCAGAGGCCGUUUCUAUAUUCCAUGAAUGCUUUGACCCAAUAGUUGAUCCUACGACGAACCGUGAUCUCAUUCCUUCAAUGGUGUAUGGAAGGUGCACGAGGAACCAAGAGUACAGUGGAAUGUACUGCGCAGUGCUAAUUGUCAACUCAAUUGUUGUAUCAGCAGGAAUUCUUAGGAUUUUCGGACAAGAAUUGGCUGAACUCCCCUUAGUAGCGACAAAAAAGGGCAGUCAUGACCAGGGCUACUUUCAACUACUGUUCUCUUGCAUUCAGAAACUGCUGGGUUUCUUGAAUGUAAGGAGCCUUGUGCUACCAGCUGCUGCAGAAGCGGAGUCUAUAUGGACUGACAAAUUUGGUUUCGUAAAGAUGGAACUUGACCAGCUCACUAGUUAUAGGAAAAUCUGCAGCCAGAUGGUCACUUUCAAAGGGACAUCUAUGCUGCAAAAACCAGUUCCAAGGUGCAGCUUUGACGAUGCUGGAAUAUGUUAGUUUCAGGAUUUCCUUUUUAGAGUUGUUUAUUGGCAGAGUUUAGUUGGGUUCUCUCUUGUACAUGCUUUCUUCCCCUUCCUUUUUAGUGUUGCAAUUUUGUAUAUUAUUCACAAUUUUUGGCCCCCUUCGACCAUUAAAAAAAAAAAAAAAAAAAAAAAAAGGUCACAGGGAUAGGUUGAAAGGAGGGGGAAUUGGCGGAAGCUUGAACUUUGCUUUUUUGUAAUGCUUAAAGGAAAAACGUUCCGAGUAAGCAAAGGUUCAAUAUGAUAGUUAUGCUAUUUUGCCGAUCCAUUUCUUUGGAA